AUGCGGCGCAGCGUGAAGAGGCGGCGGCGCCGGCCCCCGGCGGCCCCGGCCGCGGCCGCCCGGGGCGGCGGCUUUAGGCUGGGAGGAGGGGCCGGUCUGGAGGCGCGGGAGGAGAAGGUGGUGUACUCGCGGUCGCAACUGUCGCUGGCCGACAGCACCAAGGCACUGGGCGACGCCUUCAAGCUGUUCAUGCCCCGCAGCACGGAGUUCAUGAGCUCGGACGCGGAGCUCUGGAGCUUCCUCUGCAGCCUCAAGCACCAGUUCUCCCCGCACAUCCUGCGCAGCAAGGACGUCUACGGCUACUCCUCUUGCCGGGCACUCGUCCCCGAGCCCCCGGGGGGCCCCGCCGCCCGCGGCCCGACGCGCAGGCCGGCCCCGAGCGCGGCGGCCAGGAGGAGGCGCCGCGGAGCCCGGGCGCCAGCCGCUCGCCGGAGGAAGCUGCCGCCCGCCCCGCCGCCGGUCCCCGAGGAGAGCUGCCCGGUCAAGCCCGCGGACCCGGAACCCUGCUUCGGGGGCCGCACCCUGGAGGAGAUCUGGAGGGCCGCCACCCCGACGCUGACCACCUUCCCCACCAUCCGCGUCGGCGGCGACGUGUGGAGCGAGCGCAGCCUGGCGGCGGCACGGCGUAGAGCGCGCCAAAUCCUGCGAGUGAACCUGGAACCCGUGGUGAGGCUCCGCCGCUUCCCGGUGCCCCGGGCAUGA